CUACGCUGCAGCCAAUGUAGACCUAUAUUACUGUAGCAUAGACUACGCUGCAGCCAAUGUAGACCUAUAUUACUGUAGAAUAGACUACGCUGCAGCCAAUGUAGACCUAUAUUACUGUAGAAUAGACUACGCUGCAGCCAAUGUAGACCUAUAUUACUGUAGCAUAGACUACGCUGCAGCCAAUGUAGACCUAUAUUACUGUAGCAUAGACUACGCUGCAGCCAAUGUAGACCUAUAUUACUGUAGAAUAGACUACGCUGCAGCCAAUGUAGACCCACCUGUCACAAGAAAAGAGUUUCCAUCGUGAGAUGAUAGGUCUACAUGCAUUGUGAACUGCGCUCCGCACCCCGAGAUGGUCGGUCGCCCCGAGAUGGUCGGUCGCCCCGAGAUGGUCGGUCGCCCCGAGAUGGUCUGUCACCCCGAGAUGGUCGGUCACCCCGAGAUGGCCUGUCGCCCCGAGAUGGCCUGUCGCCCCGAGAUGGUCGGUCGCCCCGAGAUGGCCGGUCGCCCCGAGAUGGCCGGUCGCCCCGAGAUGGCCGGUCGCCCCGAGAUGGCCUGUCACCCCGAGAUGGCCUGUCACCCCUGUCGCCCCGAGAUGGUCUGUCGCCCCGAGAUGGUCUGUCGCCCCGAGAUGGUCGGUCGCCCCGAGAUGGUCGGUCGCCCCGAGAUGGUCGAUCGCCCCGAGAUGCUCAGGGCCAAUGCUCUGAUCAAGCGUGGCAGUAUGUACAUGCAGCAGCAGCAGCCUAUGAUGUCAACACAGGACUUCAACAUGGCCGCUGAGAUCGACACGCGCAACGCAGACGUCUACCACCACCGGGGACAGUUGAAGAUCCUUCUGGACCAGGUAGAGGAGGCCGUCGGAGACUUUGAUGAGUGCAUCCUGCUCAGACCUGACUCUGCUCUGGCACAGGCUCAGAAAUGCUUCGCCCUGUACAGACAGGCGUACACUGGCAACAGCCAGUCCCAGGUGCAGACGGCCAUGGACGGCUUUGAGGACGUCAUCAGGAGAUUCCCUAAGUGUGCCGAGGGAUACGCUCUGUACGCUCAGGCAUUGACUGACCAGCAACAGUUUAGCAAGGCAGAUCAGAUGUACAACAAGUGUAUUGACCUGGAGCCGGACAACGCUACAACAUACGUCCACAAGGGGUUGUUGCAGCUCCAGUGGAAGCAGGACUUGGACCUGGGCCUGGACCUCAUCAGCAAGGCCAUCGAGAUCGACAAUAAAUGUGACUUUGCCUACGAAACCAUGGGAACUAUCGAAGUUCAAAGGGGCAACCUGGACAAGGCGAUAGACAUGUUCAACAAGGCCAUCAACCUGGCCAAGUCCGAGAUGGAGAUGGCCCACCUCUACUCACUGUGUGACGCAGCAUACGCCCAGACUGAGGUAGCCAGGAAGUACGGGCUGAAGCCACCCACACUGUAACUACCCUGUCACAUGACCCACCCGACCCAAGACUCUCCACUGCUAAACCUGAUUGUAUUAUAACUGCAGAUGUUUCAGUCAUUUGGUUUUGUAGACAUGCUGGAUAAAUAAAAAAGAGAAACUGAUCUGUGACCAUACAUCAGCGUUUCCCAAACUCUGUCCUGCCUCCCCCCCCCCCAGGACAGAUUUUGGGGGAAACGCUGCACUACCUGAUCAUGUUUACGUCACGUUGAAUCGUAACGAAAGAGAGGCUUUACUGUUCACAACCAAGGCUAGAACCCAAGCAUCUGGUAAUUAAUGGUCUUAACCCACACAUCCCUCUUCCUCAAGGCACUUAGUUUGACCCACACACCCCUCUGUUUCUUGGUACUUAGUUUAACCCAGACCACCAACCCUUAUGAUCCUUCCUGUACCUCAAUGCCCUGGUCUGUUAUCAGAAACAUGUGAAUGGUCAUGUGAAAACCAGGUAUCUACCCAGAUAAUAAGGAAACCUUCUAAAAUCAAAAAGGGAGAUUCUUUCAAUAGACUUCUCAUUGACUAAUCCAUAUUAGGAAGUAUUUAAGAUAAUUAACGUUGUAUGUUGCCUGCUCACUGAGAACGGAGUUCCAAUGGACUGUUCAUUUGUUUCUGUGCUCCGGACACUUCCAUUUCCUCAACAUGAUGUAACCUUAUCAUUGAAUGGCAAAUUAAAAUGAAGGAUUAAAAUGUUAGUCAAAUGUGUAUGUGUAAUGAUGGAUGUCUGUGUUUGGUGUAAUGCUGGAGUUGACGAUGUGUGGGAUAAGGGCGAUGUUAGGGUCCUAAAGUAGUGUGGGAUAAGGGUGAUGUUAGGGUCCUAAAGUAGUGUGGGAUAAGGGUGAUGUUAGGCUCCUAAAGUAGUGUGGGAUAAGGGCGAUGUUAGGGUCCUAAAGUAGUGUGGGAUAAGGGCGAUGUUAGGGUCCUAAAGUAGUGUGGGAUAAGGGCGAUGUUAGGGUCCUAAAGUAGUGUGGGAUAAGGGUGAUGUUAGGGUCCUAAAGUAGUGUGGGAUAAGGGCGAUGUUAGGGUCCUAAAGUAGUGUGGGAUAAGGGCGAUGUUAGGGUCCUAAAGUAGUGUGGGAUAAGGGCGAUGUUAGGGUCCUAAAGUAGUGUGGGAUAAGGGUGAUGUUAGGGUCCUAAAGUAGUGUGGGAUAAGGUUAGGGUCCUAAAGUAGUGUGGGAUAAGGGUGAUGUUGGGGUCCUAAAGUAGUGUGGGAUAAGGGUGAUGUUAGGGUCCUAAGGUAGUGUGGGAUAAGGGCGAUGUUAGGGUCCUAAAGUAGUGUGGGAUAAGGGUGAUGUUAGGGUCCUAAAGUAGUGUGGGAUAAGGGUGAUGUUAGGGUCCUAAAGUAGUGUGGGAUAAGGGUGAUGUUAGGGUCCUAAAGUAGUGUGGGAUAAGGGUGAUGUUAGGGUCCUAAAGUAGUGUGGGAUAAGGGUGAGGUUAGGGUCCUAAGGUAGUGUGGGAUAAGGGUGAGGUUAGGGUCCUAAGGUAGUGUGGGAUAAGGGUGAUGUUAGGGUCCUAAAGUAGUGUGGGAUAAGGGUGAUGUUGGGGUCCUAACGGAGUGUUUCAUUUUAGGGGAUUGCCUGUUUUUUCUUUUUUAUAUAUUCUGUACAGCAUGUGAUAUUUCUCUAAGUAAAUGUUAAUGCAAUGCUGACGUCUGAAGUUAUCUGGCCGUGUUGGAAAUGCUGACGUGAACAUUUAGACCUAAAAUUAUUCAUGGCCUAAUUCAGAAUAAUUCUCCAUGUACCGCUUUUAUUUUAAUGUGGUUGUUUCCCCAACUUGUAGAUUCAGAAAAUGUCAGAAGGAACAAUUAUUUUUAAUAUUUUUUUCAUGCUGUCAUCUUUUAUUUUGCAGAGGGCAGGUAAUGCCAUCAUAUGUAGUGGAUCUGUGGAUGUUUAGAGGCAGUGCUACAGAAUUAAACAUGUGACUAUGUUGGGAAGCAUCACUGACCUUCUUCCCACACAGAGAUGUGUCAUGACCAAAGUCGCAGAGAGGACAUGGAAAAUAAAGCUGUAACUGACACGUUAUUCGAAACCUUGGUAACAUAUCAUUGUCUUAUAUAGUUGUUUUCUUUUUCCCAUUUUUGAAUAAAGGGUGAAUUAAAAUAUUUC